AUGAGUUUGAUUGGCAGCUAUGUGACCAACAGCAACGGCGCUUGUGGCUUCUACAACAGCAGGAACAACGAGUUUGAUUGGCAGCUAUGUGACCAACAGCAACAGCGCUUCAACAUCGCUUGUGGCUUCUACAACAGCAGGAACAACGAGUUUGAUUGCAGCCAUGUGACCAACAGCAACAGCGCUUGUGGCUUCUACAACAGCAGGAACAACGAGUUUGAUUGGCUGCUAUCGGACCAACAGCAAAAGCGCUUGUGGCUUCUACAACAGCAGGAACAACCAGGAACAACGAGUUUGAUUGGCAGCUAUGUGACCAACAACAAAAGCGCUUGUGGCUUCUACAACAGCAGGAACAACGAGUUUGAUUGGCUGCUAUGUGACCAACAGCAACAGAACUUGUGGCUUCUACAACAGCAGGAACAACGAGAGUCUGAUUUGCAGCUAUCGGACCAACAGCAAAAGUAUGUGACCAACAACAACAGCGCUUGUGGCUUCUACAACAGCAGGAACAAUGAGUUUGAUUGGCUGCUAUGUGACCAACAGCAACAGCGCUUGUGGCUUCUACAACAGCAGGAACAACGAGAGUCUGAUUGGCAGCUAUCGGACCAACAACAAAACAGGAACAACGAGAGUCUGAUUGGCAGCUAUCGGACCAACAGCAAAAGUGCUUGUGACUUCUACAAGAGCAGGAACAACGAGUUUGAUUGGCAGCUAUGUGACCAACAGCAACAGCACUUGUGGCUUCUACAACAGCAGGAACAACGAGUUCGAUUGGCUGCAGGAACAGCGAGUUUGAUUGGCUGCUAUGUGACCAACAGCAACAGCGCUUGUGGCUUCUACAUCAGCAGGAACAACGAGUUCAUUGGCAGCUAUGUGACCAACAGCAACAGCGCUUGUGGCUUUUACAAUAGCAGGAACAACGAGAGUCUGAUUGGCAGCUAUCGGACCAACAGCAAAAGUGCUUGUGGCUUCUACAAGAGCAGGAACAACGAGUUUGAUUGGCAGCUAUGUGACCAACAGCAACAGCACUUGUGGCUUCUACAACAGCAGGAACAAUGA